GCAGAAUUUGCCUAUAAUAAUAAGCAACACUCUGCUACCAAACAUACACCCUUUUACCUAAUAUAUGGAAGACAUCCUAACAUAACUUUCAAUUAUAGAAAGUCAAAUGUGGAAGAAGCAAACAAAUACCUAAAGGAAAUAAAGAUAGUACAAGCAAAUGCUAAGGAAGCAAUAGAGAAAUCACAGGAACAAAUGAAAAAGUAUACUGACAAACACAGAGGAAAUCUUCCAGAAUUAAAGGAAGGGGAUUUUGUUUUACUAGAUAGUAAAAACUUAAAUCUAGCAGUACCAACUAGAAAGUUGGCAAACAGGUAUAUAGAACCAUUUGAAAUAGAAAAACAAAUAGGGGUAGUAAAUUACAAGUUAAAACUACUAGAAGGGAUGAAUAUUCAUCCAGUUUUCUACUCAGGAUUGUUAAUACCUUAUAAAGAAAAGGAAUACCCAGGAAGACAAGUGUAUACUAAUCUAGACCCAGAGUUAAUUAACAAAGAGUAG